AUGACUUCGAAUAAUAAUGAUCAAUAUGAUCAAAAUGGACCAAUGGAUGACGACCAACAACAGGAUAAAGGAGAUUAUAAUCAGAACCCAAAUAAUGGCGAUGCUGAUCAGCCAGAAGAAGUUUAUCAAUCUUUCUUCGGACCUCCAGUAAACGGAAGAAAAGAAGACACUCAAGCUUUAAUCCUUCGUGAAGGAUUUACAGGAAUGUACAAUCUUCAAGUUUACGACAAGCAUUGUUUCGUUCGUUUUCAUACAAAAUCAGAAUUCGAAGCAUUUAACAAACACUUCGAUAAUUUCGUUUAUGAAGGCGUUAAAAUGUUCGCAACAGAAUCUAAAAAACGCUUAAUUCAAUAUCCACCAUGCACAAGAAUUUGCGUUUCUAAUUUUGGCAGAAAGCGUCCAACAGAUAGAGAGCUUUAUUUCAAAAUGUCACCUUACGGAUAUGUUAAGCACAUUUCUAUGAAGCAAAGAUAUGCGUUUGUUGACUUUGAUACUGUAGAAGAUGCUAAAGCUGUAAUGGAAGCUUUAGGACCAAACUCAAACCAACAGGAUUUCCAUAUGUCAUUAGAAUACUGCCAGGAAGCCCCUAAAACAGAUUUCACAGGAAUGGUUUUGCCUUUGACCGAAAUUUUCAAACCAGACCACGAAUUUUGGCAAAAAUUAGUAAGUACCAUUCAAGGCCGUAGCAAAGCUUACAAUUAA